AAAAUAUUGAAAAUUUAGAUGUUAAAGUUGCUGAGAGGUUGGAUGAUAGGCUUAGUAUGAUUGAAGAUACAGUAUGUAAGAUUGGAAUGUAUGAAUACAAGUCACCAGUAUACACUAGUACUGUUAAUUAA